AAUACAUACACCCAAAUACCUCCUAAUCGUUACGUGUUUCCUGGAGCCGAGCUAACCCUUUUUGUGGACCCUGGCCUUUCCUUGGUUGAAUUUGUGACUAAUCAAAGUAGACUCCUUAAUAAUGACGACGAAGACGAUAAAGACGAUGAAGACACAUCUGAAUCUAGCUUUGACUCUAACUCGGAAACAGUUUCCGGCUGCGAUUUUUGUGCUGAUUCGGCUUCUCCCAUUCUUCCAAGAGACAAACAAAGUUGUCCAUCAAACAAUGUUUCACACUUAGAAACUAGCUCCUCUCGACCAAAGGAACUAAGUGUAGAGUUGGACGGUUCACGAGUUCCUGGUGGCAAAGUCGACAGUUUACACAUCGCUGCUUGUGAAGAGAUAAAUUUGGCUGAAGAAAGUAGUCAGCAUCCUCAGUAUCACUGCCGCCACCGUCAUCAUCACCGGCAAAACCAUAUUCAUAGUUCUUACCACGGUCACAGCCACAUACACAACAACCAAAAUAAUGGAACUGGGUUGCCAUCUCAGCAAGGUGAGGAUCUACCUCUGGAAAAUUCCGUCGCCAGGGUAAGAGCUGAGCGCAAGAUCCAAGCGCGCACUUCCAUUCCUUCAUUCCAUAAGGAUCAUGCGUUGCGACGAUUACUUCGGCGCUGUACUGCCGAUCCCAUGCUAGUUGCCUACCUUGAGCAGAAGCAGCGUGCAAGGGCUGCGCAAGCCGUCUAUAUGGCAAUGGCCGCUCGCAGACGGCAUGCUCGCCAGAUUCGUCUGCUCCAGGCCACCAGAGUAACUAGAUCAGCGCACAAGAAGGAUAUAAUCUCGGCCGACUCUAAAGUAGAUUCAGGAUCAAUUGAAGGCGAGGAUGACGCGAUGGGAAAUAGUAAAUCUGAAUCAUCAGUUAGAUCCUCCUCUUCCUCUCCAUCAUCCUCACUUGCUAGCGAUUCCGCUGAAGAGACCAACGACGAAGUUGAUGAAGAGCUGGAUCAAAUUCCUACAGCUGAAUUCUCACGAGACAGCAGUGGUGAUGAAGAAUCGGAAGAACCUGCCUCUAAAGCUGGACAGCCUGACGGGAAUACUGAACCACUCAAACUCUUAUGCUCUAGUUCAGAAGGGGUCCGACUUGAGACAGCCAGACCUGAGAACAAUUUAUCAGUCAAACGGUCUCGCAUUGAUUAG